AUGCUAUGGCGGACGAUUCAGCAAUGGCGAUCUAUCACGAGCGCCAGCGCCUCCAGCUCUGCCUUCUCCACGCGCUCAACAAUCUUCUCCAGGGCCACGAUCGAUUCACUCGACAGAUCCUCGACGCCAUAGCCGAUUCUCUGGAGGAGCAGCACGCCACACCCUGGAGCACGCGAAAUCUCUUCUUACCGUCCAAGCAGCACAGAAAUCCCUUGACAGGGAACUACGAUGCCAAUGUCCUCAUGGCCGCUUUGUCGAGCCGGGGACUGGAGGCGCGCUGGCACGAUCGACGCAGCGCCAUCGCCGACGACGAUCUAUCCCGCCCCAAUCUCGCGGGCCUCAUCGCCAACACGAGCAGCCAGAGGUUCUUGGGGCUGUGGAGGAGCCGCCACUGGAUCGCUCUGCGCCGCGUCCACGGAUCUUGGUACAACCUCGACAGCGAUUUGCCGAUGCCAGUGGCAAUGCGCGGCGCCGACGAGGUCAGAGAUUUCCUAAACUCCCUACGCGAUCAAGGAGCCGAGCUCUUCUUCGUUUUUAGAAAGGAAGAACAAGGGGAUGAAUAGAAGAUUCUAGGCUGUGCCCAGAUCCAAACCGACGCGGCCGAUUCGAUCGAUCAUACUUCUUCGCUCCAGCCUUCUUCCGUGAGAAUCGCAUUGAAGACUCGGUCGAUCCUGGUGCCCAGAGGGGGCAAAUUCUCGCCAUCGCGCUCUGCCUCUUGGAUCACUCUCUUUCUCAGAAUGGCGAGGCCUUCCUUGAUCACCUGGUUUUCUUCUCGGGCCAGCGCGGCACACUGACCGUUCCGGUGAUUCGCCAAUUCGUGCUCCAUUGAUGAAAGAUAUCCUGCAAAGAGAACGAGAGGGACGCCCAAACCAAAAUAUUUGAUUGCUGGCCGAAAUAACUCUGCCACCAUCUCUAA